GCCACGACGCAGACACAUCCCUCACAUUCGCUCCUAAGCCGGCUCACAAACGCCCGUUUGCGGCACGCUCGCACGGGACGCGUCCGCGCGCUAACUUAAAUACAUAUUCCCAUCACCAAUGGUGUUUGUGAACAUUACAGAAUAUAAACAAAACAAGAAAUACAAACACCGACGACAUCAUGGACAAGGAUCGUGCGUUAGAAGAAAUGAUGGGGAAACUCGGAGACUUCGGGCGGUACCAAUGUUUCCAAUUCAUCCUGCACAUACUAGCCGCUAUGACAGCAGGAAUGCAUAUGCUCUCCUUAGUCACAGUCGCCGCAGUGCCUGACCAUAGAUGCUGGAUUGACGGUGUAGAUACCAACGAGUCUAUAGCUUCUUGGAAUUCAUCAGCAAUUUUAGACGCAAUUCCACAUACUUCGUCAAAUGAUCUACAUGGAUGUUUAAUGUAUAAAGAUAACGACACAGUAUCUUGUUCUAAAUGGGUAUAUGAUACAACCUACAGAUCUUCUUCACGAUCCAUUGAAUGGAACUUAAUUUGUGACCGUCGAUGGAUGGGGGCUUUAGCUCAAACAGUAUACAUGUUAGGCGUGUUUACUGGUGCCGUCGUUUUAGGUGGAAUGGCAGAUAAAUAUGGUAGAAAAAAAAUAUUCUGUUGGUCCGGGGUAUUACAACUAGUUUUUGGAGUUCUUGUGGCAUUUAUGCCUGAAUAUUGGUCUUUUUUGAUCAUUAGGUUUCUGUACGGUAUUUUCGGAUCAGCUGGAUCGUACAUCACGGGUUUUGUUUUAACUAUGGAAUUAGUUGGAGCUAGCAAAAGAACAGCUUGCGGUGUCACUUUUCAGGCUGCAUUUGCAGGAGGAAUUAUGUUAGUAGCUGGUUGGGGGGCACUUAUAGAUAAUAGAAAAACUCUUCAAAUUAUAUAUGGACUUCACAGUCUUCUUCUCAUUCCACAUAUUUGGAUUAUGGAUGAAUCACCGCGUUGGCUUUGGGCUCAAGGACGGGUUAAAGAGUCCGUGGAUAUUGUAGAAAAAGCACUUAAAUGUAAUAAGUCUGAUACACAAUUAGACAGAGCGGAUCUUGUAUCUAGAGGAAAAGUUGAAGUAUCUAGAGGCGUCGCCGAAACCGCUACGUCUGCUGGCACAUUAGAUCUAUUUAAAACUCCAAACCUGAGGAAUAAGACGUUAAAUGUUUGCCUUUGUUGGUUUGCUAAUUCAAUUGCAUAUUAUGGUCUAACCCUUAGUACAGGAAAACUAGAAGGUAAUCCAUACUUAAUAAUAGCUAUCAUGGGAUUUGUCGAAUUUCCUAGUUAUGCUGCUGUAAUAUAUUUCCUCGAUAUUUUAGGAAGGAGACCCUUAAUUUCGUCUCUGAUGCUUAUUGGUGGGUUGUGUUGUAUCGGAGCUACUUUCAUACCUGCAGGAGGGAUUGUAUCUACCGGGAUAGUGAUAGCAGGAAAAUUAUUUAUCGCUGGUUCCUUCGCUAUCAUAUACAAUUAUUCCGCUGAAUUAUUCCCAACUGUCGUUCGUAAUUCUGCAAUGGGUUUAGGUUCCAUGUGCGCUAGAUUAUCAGGUGCUUUGACACCAUUGAUCACAUUACUCGAUUCAUUUAACCCUAAAAUUCCUGCCAUAACAUUUGGUUUGAUCGCUCUUGUGUCUGGAUUUUUGUGUUUCUUCCUACCAGAAACAAUGAACCAACCCAUGCCACAAUCUUUGGAAGACGGAGAAAACUUUGGAAAAGGCGACACAUGUUUCACAAGUUGUUUAAAGAAUAAGAAAAAUAAUACCAGUUCCAGAAAUGAUAAAGCUGCAGAAUCAAUGCUUCCUUUAGACGAUAUGUCCAAGAAAACAUAAUUUUUGACGAAAACUUAUACAUAAUCAAUAAGUGAAUAGGUAGUCGCUUUGUACCUGGACAAUAAAGUAGUUAAUAUGAUAAAUUAUUAUAAAUUUUUUGUAAAGUUUAAUCAAUAGAGCAACAUUUUUAAAUUAAUUUUACUAGGUACAUUGUAAAAAUAUCGAAUUCUUAUACCUCGCUCAUUAAAUAAGUUCAUUAUCGUUUGAUUUAUAGAUAACGAGAAAGGAUGGUAAAAUGUAUAUAUUAUAGAUUUUAUUUUGUGAUAAAUAAGUUACCGAGUUAGAAUGAUGUUUAUUAUUGAUUGUUGGAUCAAUACAUCUAAUAAGUGCCUCUAAAAACAUAACUGAAAUUGUGAUAUAAAAAGACGAAUAUUUAUAUGUUCGUAAUGUAUUUUGUAA